CUGACGCCUUUGGGCGAAGGGAAGCGCCUGUUCCCGUGGCAGCUUGGGGACGGCGCAGCACGCGGCAGCGCGGAGAGGAGCCCGCUUGUAGGGGCUGAGAGCCCUGCGGAGACCGGGGCCAGCCCGGGGCCCCCAUGGAGUGGGAGUUGUGGAGCCCAGUUGCCGAGCAGUAGCUGCAGCAGUGGGAUGUUUACCUGGCGGUGCCUCAUCCUUUGGGCUGUGCUGGUCGCAGCCGCGCUCUCCGCCGCCCGGCCGGCCCCCACCCUGCCCGACCAAGCUCUGGCCAAAGCAAAAAUUGAAGUGGAGUCGUACUCAGCCCACCCCGGUGAGCUGCUCCAGCUGCGCUGCCGGCUGCGGGACGACGUGCAGAGCAUCAACUGGGUGCGGGAUGGCAUCCAGCUGGCCGAGAACAACCGCACACGCAUCACCGGCGACGAGGUAGAGGUCAGGGACGUGGUGCCCGAGGACUCGGGGCUCUACGCCUGCAUGACCAACAGCCCCUCGGGCAGCGAGACCACCUACUUCUCUGUCAACAUCUCAGACGCUCUCCCCUCGGCAGAGGAUGAUGACGAUGAAGAUGAUUCCUCGUCGGAGGAGAAGGAGGCGGAUAACACCAAGCCGAACCAGGCCAUCGCUCCCUACUGGACCUAUCCUGAGAAGAUGGAGAAGAAGCUCCACGCCGUCCCUGCUGCCAAAACAGUGAAAUUCAAGUGUCCAUCGAGUGGGACACCCAACCCCACACUGCGCUGGCUGAAGAACGGCAAAGAGUUCAAACCUGACCACCGCAUCGGGGGCUACAAGGUCCGCCAGGCGACCUGGAGCAUCAUCAUGGACUCGGUGGUGCCGUCGGAUAAAGGCAACUACACCUGCAUUGUGGAGAACAAGUACGGCAGCAUCAACCACACCUACCAGCUGGAUGUCGUGGAGCGGUCCCCGCACCGGCCCAUCCUGCAGGCAGGGCUCCCUGCCAACAAGACAGUGGCCCUGGGCAGCAACGUGGAGUUUGUCUGCAAGGUCUACAGUGACCCUCAGCCCCACAUCCAGUGGCUGAAGCACAUUGAGGUGAACGGCAGCAAGAUCGGCCCCGACAACCUGCCCUACGUGCAGAUCCUGAAGACGGCUGGCGUUAACACGACAGACAAAGAAAUGGAAGUCCUUCACUUAAGGAAUGUCUCAUUUGAGGAUGCUGGGGAGUAUACAUGUUUGGCGGGUAAUUCUAUUGGGAUCUCCCAUCACUCUGCAUGGUUGACAGUUCUCGAAGCUAUUGAAGACACCCCAGCCAUGAUGACGUCUCCUUUCUACCUGGAGAUCAUCAUCUACUGCAUCGGAGCCUUCCUCAUCUCCUGCAUGGUGGUGACCAUCAUCAUCUACAAGCUGAAGAGCACCACCAAGAAGACAGACUUCAACAGCCAGCUGGCCGUGCACAAGCUGGCCAAGAGCAUCCCCCUGCGCAGACAGGUAACAGUGUCGGCUGACUCCAGCUCCUCCAUGAACUCGGGCGUGAUGCUGGUGCGGCCCUCGCGCCUCUCCUCCAGCGGCACCCCCAUGCUGGCCGGCGUCUCCGAGUACGAGCUGCCCGAGGACCCGCGCUGGGAGCUGCCCCGGGACAGGCUGAUCCUGGGCAAGCCUCUGGGAGAAGGGUGCUUCGGCCAGGUGGUGCUGGCAGAAGCCAUCGGCCUUGACAAGGACAAGCCCAACCGUGUGACCAAGGUGGCCGUGAAGAUGCUCAAGUCCGAUGCCACAGAGAAGGAUUUGUCUGACCUCAUCUCUGAGAUGGAGAUGAUGAAGAUGAUUGGCAAGCACAAGAACAUCAUCAACCUGCUGGGAGCCUGCACGCAGGACGGACCCCUCUAUGUGAUCGUGGAAUACGCCAGCAAGGGCAACCUGCGGGAGUACCUGCAGGCACGGCGGCCCCCGGGCAUGGAGUACUGCUACAACCCCAGCCGCGUCCCCGAGGAGCAGCUCUCCUUCAAGGACCUGGUCUCCUGUGCCUACCAGGUGGCACGGGGCAUGGAGUACCUGGCCUCCAAGAAGUGCAUCCACAGGGACCUGGCAGCCAGGAACGUGCUGGUGACAGAGGACAACGUGAUGAAGAUCGCUGACUUCGGGCUGGCCCGUGACAUCCACCACAUCGAUUACUACAAGAAGACGACGAACGGUCGCCUGCCAGUGAAGUGGAUGGCCCCCGAGGCUCUCUUUGACCGAAUCUACACCCACCAGAGUGACGUGUGGUCCUUUGGGGUGCUGCUGUGGGAGAUCUUCACGCUGGGUGGGUCACCAUACCCUGGUGUGCCCGUUGAAGAGCUCUUCAAGCUGCUGAAGGAAGGUCACAGGAUGGACAAGCCCAGCAACUGCACCAACGAGCUGUACAUGAUGAUGAGGGAUUGCUGGCACGCCGUCCCUUCCCAGAGACCCACCUUCAAGCAGCUGGUGGAGGACCUGGACAGGAUCGUGGCCAUGACCUCCAACCAGGAGUACCUGGACCUCUCCAUGCCGCUGGAUCAGUAUUCUCCCGGCUUCCCAGACACCCGCAGCUCCACCUGCUCCUCGGGGGAGGACUCUGUUUUUUCCCACGACCCGCUCCCGGACGAGCCGUGCCUUCCCAAGCCGCCCCCCCAGCACAGCAACGGUGGCCUGAAGCGACACUGAGGGUGGCAGUGGCGGGGGUGCCACGCUGUGCCACGCUGUGCCGUGCCCGUGGACGCUGCCUGCACAGCCCGCUCGUGCCGGGCUGUUGCACAAGGGGUUCAGAGACAUCCGUGCCAUCUCACGUAACCAAAAGCAGCCACGUCCUGCCAGCUUCUCCUGCCUCCUCGUGCCAGCUCUCCACAGCCCACGGGCUUCGGCUCCAGGGUUUUUAUGGCAUUUCCUCCUUUUGUUUUUAAACCUCUUUUCCAUGGA